UAUUGAAAUGAUUCGUUUGUUUCUCUGCUCACUUUCUGCCUUUACCCUUUCCGCACCUGCAGAAGCAAGACUGAUCGAGGAGAGAAGAGGGGAGCUAGGAGGAGAUGGGGAACAGCUUGCUCAAGUGCCUCGGAGGGGAUUGCAUAGACGUUGAACCACAGGUUGUCGUCGUCCAAGUCCCGGUUCGAGAUGGGGUCGCUGCUCUUGCUCAAGACCUCUUCACCUUUGAGAUAACAUCCCAGGUUCCCCAAGGACUAGACCAGCGCGUGGCUCUCUCCAAGAAGGUGCUGGCUAUUUGGUAUAAGCAACUAUUAGAAGCAUGGAAGGAAUCCAAGCCAACACCAAAGACACAAAAAGCGGCAGCUAGUCUCAUCAUUCAAACACUAAGUAGAUAUAACCGAGAAGAAGUAGAGAGACUGCUUAAUUACUAUGAUCUUCCUAUUCCUUCAUCCCACGAGAUUCCUUGUGCGCCAUCGUCAUCAGUGUCGUUGCCCGAAGGAGUCCAGUUUGUGCUAUUCACACUUCCUGUUAAUGCUAAGGAUGUAGGUGAUGGGGAUGGCAUAACAGCAUAUGUGGACACUGCAGACCCAAGGGAAUCAGCUGAUGUCCCAGCAGAGGUCCAUGAAGCCGUCUUUCAAAGGAUCGAGGCUCGAGCAGCCCGGAAUUUUAGAGAGGCAGAUAGACUCAAGAAACGCAUCUCCGACGCGGGAUAUGUAUUCAAAAAUACUGGAAAUGGCGAGGAGAUCCUUGCUCGAAAAUACAGAAUCAGAUUGAGGGGAGUUGAUGCACCAGAGAGUCAAAUGCCAUAUGGGAAGGAAGCCAAGGAAGAACUAGCUAAGCUCGUUCAAGGAAAAUGUUUGAGGAUCGAUGUGUAUAAUAUCGAUCAGUUUGGUCGACAUGUUGGAGAUAUCUACUGUGAUGGAGUUUUCGUUCAGGAGAAGCUGCUAAAGAGAGGCUUUGCAUGGCAUUUCGCGAAACAUGACAAACGCCCUGAAUUCGCGAAGUGGCAGCAGCAAGCGCGUGCUGAAGGUAGAGGCCUUUGGGCUUUAUCAAACCCUGAGAAACCAUGGGAAUGGAGAAAGAGUAAUCCCGGGUGGAGACAAGGGAACCCUCCGAUCGAAGUAUAUUGAUAUAAUUGUUUGCUAUGUUUCAGAAUUCUAGAGUUAUUGUCCAAGAACACAAACUGUGAGCAAAUAUGUCUUGUAAAAAUGUGUAUUUGAGUAAAUUAGUGGAAGAUCGUUUACAAUCUCA